GGCCGGAUCACCUCCCCACCUGAGCCACUCUGGGCCACAACCCCCCAGCCCGCCUGGCGCUCUCAUCCUUUGCCUCAUCAUCGUCGUCGUCGUCAUCAGCAGCAGCAGCAGCAGCUGCACUUCCACAUCGGCUGCCGCCCCCGCCGAGCGCCAGUCGCCGAUCUUGCCCCACGCGCGCACCAUCCUCACCAGCACCCAACCAACGCCGCCUCCGCCGCCGCGGCCGCCACGGCCUCACAAACUUCGUCGUCUCAUCGCUGCCGCCUCCGCCUCCGCCUCCUCCUCCUCCUCCUCCUACUCCUACUCCUACUCUCUUGCUCGGCGCGAUGCCGACGCCGCACUGACCCCUCACACUUCCUGAAUUACGGGGCUCUCAGAACACUCUCCGCUCACUCCUCUCUCUCUCCCUCUCUCUUCCUCUCUCGCACUCCUCGUCUGCCUCUCUCGCUCGUCCUCUCCUUUUCUCAUCUAAGGUCAUAUUACUUCGCUCUCGCUCUCUUUCACUCUCGCUCUCUCCCCUUCUCACUGGGAAGUGUUAAAAGAAAAGAUCAGUGUUGUUGAAGUAUUCAACGAGUCAAAAUGAAUCUACUCCAUCCAGACAGAGGGGCACUUUAUGCCAACAUGCUGGGCACCAUGGGGUCAAUGGGCACUAUGGGGGCGUCUUCCACAGCUGCAACAUUACCACAGAGGUCACCCUUCGCUAUCCAGGAACUUCUCGGACUUGGGUCAUCUUCAGAAGGCCAAAGGUCACCUCCCGGUUUGGGGGCAUCAAGUGGCUUGACCUCGUCUAUCACGCCCUCUGCCCUGGGCACCUCGCUGGGAACCUCAGCCUACACGGCAGCUCGCACCCUGGCAUCGCAGGCCUCUCAACUCCUCGAACCCCUGGUAGUGGGCGCAGGAGCGGGCAUGGGUGCCGGAAUGCGAGGGUAUUUCGGACAGUUCAACCCUUUCAGCCCGGGACCUCCUCAGAUGUUGGCCCUUGACCCCGCCCUCAGACACGAUGCCCAUCAUCAUAGUCACGCCCACUCAGGAUUCAGCUCCGACUCGCUAUUGGGUAAGACAGGCGAUCCAUCUUCUCUUGGUUUAUCGCGGAAGAAGAAGAAAAAGAGAAGACACAGGACCAUCUUCACAUCCUAUCAGUUGGAGGAAUUAGAGAAAGCAUUCAAGGACGCCCAUUAUCCGGACGUGUACGCUCGUGAGAUGCUCUCGCUUAAACUUGAUCUCCCCGAGGAUAGAAUACAGGUGUGGUUCCAGAACCGGCGGGCGAAGUGGCGGAAGACGGAGAAGACGUGGGGCAAGAGCACCAUUAUGGCAGAGUACGGCCUGUACGGAGCCAUGGUGCGACACUCGCUGCCAUUGCCCGAGACCAUCGUGAAGUCCGUAGAGGCCGGCGAAGAGUGCCCCGCACCCUGGCUGCUAGGUAUGGGUCCCUCACCAGGUAUGCACCGGAAGAGCAUGGAGGCGGCGCAGCAGCUGCAGAAGGCAGAGGCCGGAGAGAAAGACAACGAAGUGGAUAUCAAGAAUUCUGAUAUUACCCGAGAACACCUUCCUGGAGAGAUGGAUGGAAGUGGAAGAGGAGGGGGAGGAGGAGGAGGAGGAGGAGGAGGAGGAACAGGAGGUGGUGGAGAUGGAGGCGGAGGAGAAGGAGGAGGAGGAGGAGGAGGUGGAAGAGUUGGUGGAGGUGGAGGAGGAGCUGACAGUUCCGACGCAGGAGAAAGAGCAGGCGAAGGAGAGUCGAGAAUCAGCGGAAGAGGCGAUGCUGGAUUAGGAGCUCUGAGUGACGGAGACGACGGUGGGGAUUCCAGCGGGGAAGACGACCACAGCGACGCUGGAAGCCCCCCGGGCGAAAAACACCACCAGCAGCAACCCAACGAAGAUUUUAGAUCGAGCAGCAUCGCCGCCCUCCGCCAGAAGGCCCAGGAGCACAGCGCCCGCCUCCUGCAGAACGUUAGCCCUAGCAACCCCCUCGCCCACGUCCCCACCCCCGCGGAAAUGACCAACGCUUACCUUCACGCCCAUUCCCUACACCAACAACAACAACGACAUCAACAGCAACAACAACAACAACAACAGAUGAACGGUCCGCCUCCGCCGCCGCCUCCCACUCGACCACUUCAUCUUCAUCAAUCAUUAUACUGAGAUAUCAGCUCGUCCUCCUAACUGUGGAAAAAAUGAAUAAAAAAAAAUGUCAACCAUGAUGUCGGGGGUGAAAUCGGCGACUCGUCCUAAGCAAGUCGUCUUGAAAAGUCGCUGUGACUAGCUCCUUUGUUAACCUCCGGAUCAGUCACGAGAUUUCCCUAGUCAACUGCAGUUCAGCCCAAGUCCUCAGUCAAAUCAUAAUACCUUUCCACAUCAUUUUUUUUUUUCCGAAACUGGCAACAAUGGAAUAUUGUUUCGCUUCGUCAUCAUUUUUCAGGAAGAUGCGUUUUAAUCUGGAGACCUGACAUCUAUCUAAUGUAAUAAAAAGGAAAGUUUAAUAAUCAUAUACUGAAUCUACUGUGAUAUCUUAAACUGUGGUUGCAAACUUUUCCAUCUCAAUAGCAAUGAUUUGGUAUGAAAUGUCAUUAGUCAAUCAAGUUUGAAACAUUUCUUGUUGUUACGGCAUUUAAUGUAAGUUGCCGGGUGUUAUAUCAGAAUUCAUUCUUGAACCUUUCCAUUUUUCAGUUCAUAAUGUUUCUCAAGAACACACUUGACGAUUACCUUCCUGAUAUGGUAUUUAGAUAAUUUUGCAAUUCACCCUUACUCUAACAGUUAUUCUUUUUAUUAUCAAUCUCAAAAAAUCACCUAUGAAUUUCUCUCUCUCUCUCUCUCUCUCUCUCUCUCUCUCUCUCUCUCCUCUCUCUCUCUCUCGCAGAAGUCAGAAGAUCGAGCCUUUAAACCUCAAAAUCUUGAUCAUAUAAUUUUAGAUCUAAAGAAAGGCAUUGCUCUUGAUGCCUUGACGAAAAAUAACAAUCAAAUCAACAAGCAAGCU